UAUUUGACUUCCUCUACACUAGUCUUAUUAUUCCUCUGUACUUUUAGAGGCAGAGACAGGGAAGUUGUUCGCUGACAGGACAGAGGAGACAGAGUUCUUGUCUCCUGGAGCUGAAGGUGCAGGCACGCGCUCAUCACAUUGUGAAAGUUGGAAUUUACAGCGGAGGAGGAAAUAUCGUCUAACAGAUGCGGCUCAGAAGAUGAGCAGCGGUGAAGAGCAGACCGGGGGACAUCAACGGAAUCCAGUGCUGUCCACGGCAGUGUGGUGAGCGUAGAUAAGCCCCCUUAUGAGGUGAAAACUCUUCCCCAUCCUGCAGUUUCCCCUCCCAGCACCAACAGCAGGAAUAAGGGAUGUCACGGCUGUUCCUCCUUUUGGCAACGCUCGUCGUCUCCUGCAGCGUCCAGGUGUCUCCUACUGCCACCCUGGAUAAGCUGAAGGAGAGUUUGAAGUUGUACAUGGAGGAGUGUGAUCACAACAACAGCCGAGACCCGCCGAGCACCGGCUUUGUGUGCAAUAGGACGUUUGACAAUUAUGCCUGUUGGCCUGAUGGAGUCCCCAACACCACUGUCAGCGUGCCAUGUCCGUGGUAUCUGCCAUGGUACCAUGAAGUUCAGCACGGUAUGGUGUAUCAGGAAUGUGACGCAAACGGCCAGUGGGUGGCUACGAAGAACACCAGCGAGUGUGACUCUAAUAAUCCAAAUCAGCAGUACUAUGGCCACAUCCGGAUCAUGUACACAGUAGGAUAUUCCUUAUCUCUGGUGGCUUUGGUGCUGGCGCUCGGUAUCCUCAUAUUCUUCAGGAAGCUGCACUGCAUGAGGAACAACAUCCACAUGAAUCUGUUUGCCUCCUUCAUCCUGCGAGCGCUGUCUAUCCUCAUUAAAGACGCUCUGCUGGUGGCCAACAUCACAUCACAGGACCUCAGCAGGGACCAGGAGCAGGGAUUCCCUCAGGAGUCUAUGCCUCCAGUGGAGCAGCUGGUCAACAAUGAGAUAACAGUUAGCUGUCGCAUGGCCGUGGUGAUGAUGCAAUACAGCAUCAUGGCCAACACCUACUGGCUGCUGGUGGAGGGCAUCUACCUCCACAACCUGCUGGUGAUCACUGUGUUUACAGAGAGGAACUACUUCAAAAUCUACCUGUGCAUCGGCUGGGGUACCCCGUUAAUAUUCCUCGUGCCCUGGGUGAUAGCGAAAUAUCUGUAUGAAAAUCAAGAGUGCUGGGGACAAAACAUAGACAUGAAUUACUGGUGGAUCAUACGUUCCCCUAUUCUGCUGGCAGUCGUGAUCAACUUCCUCAUCUUCAUCCACAUCAUUGAAAUUCUUGUGUCAAAACUUCGAGCGCACCAAAUGAGAUACACAGAUUACAAGAUCAGGUUGGCUAAGUCGACUCUAACCCUGAUCCCCCUGCUGGGUAUCCAUCAGGUGGUCUUCAUCUUUGUGACGGAUGAAUCUACCAAGACCACCAUCAGUUUGCGUCUCACCAAGCUCUUCAUUGACCUCUUCUUCUCCUCUUUCCAGGGUCUAUUGGUGGCCAUCUUGUACUGCUUCGUGAACAAAGAAGUGCAGUCCGAGAUCCUGAAGAAGUGGAAACGCUGGAAGCUCGGGAGGAACAUCGAGGAGGAAUACCGCCACACUUACAGCAAUACCCCCAACACCAAGACAGGCAGCCUGCUGAACCACGUCUCUCAAUUGCCUCACCUCCCAGACAUCGCCAAAACCUCUGCUCCGCUCUGCAGCCCAGAGGAGACGCACAUGCUCGUGGCUGGCUGCCAUAACGGCACGGUGCACAUUGCAGGGGAAGGUCAGUGCACCUCUCCACUGCACAAGGGAACAGUCAGCAACAGCACCCUAGUGGAGGACAUCAGCCUCACGGACAAGGGGCAGUGUUACAAGGCUCAGAGAGAGAACGCAGAGAGCCACCUGUGAAAAACUCUGGGAACUCAUGAGGAAAUUGGAGGGCUGUGAGCUCUCGUCUGGCCCUGACAUACUGAGCUGGGUGGCUGUGAAGAGCUGGGCUGAUGGAGUCAACCUGUCAGCGCGGCCUUCGCACAGGUAUCAGUGACACUGGGAGACCGAACAGCGCUCAGCCCUCUCCACAGCCUGAGAACGGAAGACAAAACACGGCACACGUCCAACGCUGAGGGUCCGGAUGUGCUGUGAGCUUUGUGAAUGCAUUUCUGUAGAUGUUUGUCAGACGGUGUAAGAAACUGCUGCAUGUUGAACAAUGCAACAACAGAAUCUCAAAGGCAGAUAUAAGCCCUGUAAAAUAAUAUGAAGUAAAAAAAAAGCCUGAAACCUCAAAUAGCAACAAUGGCAACAAAGGAAAAGAAAGGACGCAGGGUCUUCACUCAAGCCUCUAUUUUGAUUUGUGCGGUGUAUUAAAUGUGUGUUUCUGUGGUACUGGAGGUUAAAGACAAACUGGACAUUGAACUGUAUACAAAAAAAAAAAAA